ACAUUUCAGCACAGCCAUGGACAUCCAUAAAACUCCAUUCAUUGCAUUAAUUUCCAGAGAUGUACAUCUUAUAACUAGGAAGGUACCUUUGCAGGUAUGACAGCAGGGUUAAUCAUGUGGGCAGCCUCUACCUACCCACCCUCCCUGCCAGGAGGGGAGCAAGGACUGGCAAUACAUUUUAGAGAAAAGGUCUUAGGCUGUUCGGUACAAGGGGAAAACAGAGUAGGCUGGAAGGAAAUGGAUUUUAAGAGGGUUUUAUUUGGCUUUUUAAUAUGCUGAGCAUCCUUUAAGCAGCAGGAUAAGAAUAACCUUCCCCCCAUUCUUGAUGAUAAAAUCCCCAUUAUUGGAUCAGAGCCAGACAUAAAAGUCACUCUGCUUGUACUUUGUGCAACCUCUGCUACAGAUUUUAUCUUCUCUUAGUAACAUUAUGCAAGAGUCCAGAAAGCAGAAAGCAAAUACCAAUACCAUUUCCUCUAUGUUGACAAUUUACUGCACAGGAAGAAGCUUCUUGAUAUGAAUAAACCAUCAGGCUGUAGCUACAGUCAGGGGUCUGUAUGAGAACAGGAAGAGCAGUGGCUCUAAGUCUGCGGAUCCUUAGCAGGGGAAGAUGGGGAUCUCACAGCAAGCUGGAUGGUGCAAGAAGCCUGCAUCACCCAUGAACAUGAGAGCUGCCUUGGAAGUGGUCAGGAGCACCACAUGGACUAUUGUUCUGCUCACCAGCAUGGCAGUCACAGGAGCUACAGGAAUUUACAGAGUGUCAGCACGCCUGGGUCACAGCGCUGUGAUGACCUGCCCUAACAAAACAAAUAUAACUAUGGUAACAUGGAAAAUAAGCCCCAAGAUUGGAGGCCAGUGCACCUUGGCAAACUUGAUUGAUGAGAACAAGUCAGAAAGAACCAACUGCAGUGACAGAAUAAACUGGAAAUCCAGACCAGACUGGGAUCAAGCACUUGAGAUACAGCAAGUACGAAUGGCUGAUGAGGGAAAUUACACCUGCGAAGUGGUAAAUGCGGAUGGGAAUUUCCAUGGCCUGUAUCACCUGACUGUGCUAGUUUUCCCAAGAAUGGCUCUGUACUGCGAUGACCAUGGGAACCCUGUGUGCGAGGCAGAGACAGUGAAGCCAGCUGCUGGGAUCUCGUGGGUCCCAGAGAGCAACUCCACACCCAGAGCAGACAGUAACGAUAACGGGACAGUGACAGUUCUCAGCAGGUUUGCAGCACGUAGCACCAACGGGAGGAAUCCUACCUGCAUUGUGUCCCACGCUACUCUGAACGAGACCAAGUCCAUAGACUGCUCCCCAUGUAAGCUUCCCUUUGUGUGCUAA